GGCUCGUUCUCGCGGUCCGCGGUCAACGUCAUGACCGGCGCGACGUCGCAGCUCUCGGCGCUCGUCACCGCGGGGUCCGUCGUCGCGACCUUGCUCUUCUUCACGUCGUCCUUCGAGCGCGUGCCCAAGGCCGUCCUCGCGGCGAUCCUCAUCACGGCCGUCUCGGGCCUCGUGGAC